AACCUCUCGAGAAGUGAAGUGUAACUUCCAUCUCUAUGGUAACCACUCUCCGCUCCCUGCACACGUGAUCUCCGUUAUUUCCUGCGGCAACACUCUCUUGCUCGCUCGCGCUCGUUGUUGCCUUCAGUCUCACGCGCAGAUUACUAUCACUGUAUAUACACAUUUACUAAUAUAUGAAUGCCAGUCAGCAACAGCGCAGCCGCUCCUUUCAUUUCACUCGUCCGUUUAGUUUAAACAAGUCGCAUAUAAAGAUUUUUUUGGGUGUUUUAUUCAACAUAAGACAUUUGUCUUGUCGUUAGAAGCUGCGUUGGAAAGAAACACACGUUUGUUGUGCGUGGAAAGGCAGCUCGGUUUUUCAGCAAUGGCGACAGCUGCGGUUUCUGCCCCUGCCGGCGGCGGCCCAAAUCCCGGAUCCGGUGCCGAGAUGGUCCGUGGUCAAGCUUUCGAUGUCGGGCCGCGCUACAGUAACCUGUCGUACAUCGGAGAGGGUGCAUACGGCAUGGUUUGCUCAGCGUACGAUCGUGAUAGGAAAGUGCGUGUGGCGAUAAAGAAGAUCAGUCCAUUUGAGCACCAGACGUACUGUCAGCGCACACUCCGAGAGAUUAAAAUCCUGCUCCGCUUCAAGCAUGAGAACAUCAUCGGCAUCAACGACAUCAUCCGCACCCCCACAAUCGACCAGAUGAAAGAUGUCUACAUUGUACAGGAUCUGAUGGAGACAGACUUGUACAAGCUGUUAAAGACACAGCACUUGAGCAAUGACCACAUCUGUUACUUCCUGUACCAGAUCUUGCGUGGCCUCAAGUACAUACACUCUGCAAAUGUUCUCCACCGAGAUCUGAAACCAUCUAACCUGUUGCUCAAUACUACCUGCGACCUCAAGAUCUGUGAUUUUGGGCUCGCCCGAGUUGCCGAUCCAGACCAUGACCACACUGGCUUCCUGACAGAGUAUGUAGCCACACGUUGGUACCGCGCACCAGAGAUUAUGCUCAACUCUAAGGGAUACACUAAGUCCAUUGAUAUUUGGUCAGUUGGUUGUAUUCUGGCUGAGAUGCUUUCAAAUAGACCCAUCUUCCCUGGGAAACACUACCUGGACCAACUAAAUCACAUCUUAGGUAUUUUGGGUUCUCCCUCUCAGGAAGAUCUCAACUGCAUCAUCAACAUUAAGGCAAGAAAUUACCUACUGUCAUUGCCUCUGCGCUGCAAAGUGCCCUGGAACCGCCUCUUUCCUAACGCAGACCCUAAAGCAUUAGAUCUGUUGGAUAAGAUGUUGACCUUUAACCCUCAUAAGCGGAUUGAGGUGGAGGAGGCGCUGGCUCACCCCUACCUAGAGCAGUACUAUGACCCUACAGAUGAGCCCGUUGCUGAGGCACCAUUUAAGUUUGAUAUGGAGCUGGAUGACUUGCCCAAAGAGACUUUGAAAGAGCUCAUUUUUGCAGAAACUGCACGCUUCCAAACAUGCUACAGACCAUAGCCUACUGCACAGGUGUUGCUCUAGAUUCAGUCGUGGUGAUGCUUCUAUCUCCACUACACUGUGUGCUGUGGUCCUCUCUUGGUCUUCACCAUCAUCGUCAUCAUCUUCGUAACUCCUCUUUCUCCAACUGAACCCCAAAACUACAGGCAACCCUCAAAGUUCAUCCAAACUGCAGCAGAAAACAUGGACUCUUGCAACUUCUCAUUUACUCUUUAAUCUCAUAACACUCCACAUUAUAAUGGAAGAAAAGUGCAGAGUUCUCUCACACCCUUUCUCUAUCUUAUUAUUCUCAUUUCUGCUUAUCUGUGAAACUUAACCUGUGUGUGUGGAGAUUAUGGAUCUGAGAUGACCCAUCUAGGUGAGGUUUUGACUCAGGGUAUGGUAACCCUUUUUGUCUUGGUCAGACCUCUAUUAUACUUCAGUAAAAAAAAUGUUUAUGAUUAUGUUAUUAUUGUGCUUCUUUUUAGCCUCCUGUUAAUAUUUCCAACAAGCUGCUUUUCACUAAGGUGUCUGUAAGCCAUUUUUAAGUCCCACAGAGGCCAAACUGAAAACAGGGAGAGAAUGAGGGCCUGGAUCUCCUCGAUUCUUUUA